AUGAAACCUUAAUUGCCUAUAAAAAUGGAGAAAGAUGUUUAUUUUAUUGGUGUCGACGUGGGAUCUGGCAGCGUAAGGGCAGCCCUUGUCGAUAGGAAAGGACAUGUCUGUUCCACUUCAGUAAAGGAAAUUCAAACCUGGAAACCGAAGGUGGACUUCUAUGAGCAGUCCUCUAAUGACAUAUGGAAUUGCUGUGAAUAUGUCAUCAAGAAUGUUGUCCAGGGAGUGGAUCCAAUAAGUAUUAAAGGAAUUGGAUUUGAUGCAACAUGCUCCCUAGUGGCCUUAGAUAAUCAAUUCAACCCAUUAGCAGUGAGUGAUUCUUAUAACAAUGAGCAAAACAUCAUAAUGUGGAUGGACCACAGGGCACAGGCCGAAGCGGACUUCAUUAACACCACUAACCAUGACAUACUGAAAUAUGUUGGAGGAAAAGUUAGCCUAGAAAUGGAAAUCCCAAAACUUCUGUGGUUAAAAAAACAUUCAAACAACUGGGCUGAGUUUGGUUACUUUUUUGACCUCCCCGACUUUCUUACAUGGAAAGCCACAGGAUCUCUAAGCAGAUCACUGUGUUCCUUAGUCUGUAAAUGGAAUUAUGAGUGUUCUGUCGAUGGUAAACAGGGUUGGAAUGUAGAUUACUUAAAAAAAGUAGGAUUGGAAGAUUUAAUUGAGGGUAAUUUUAAAAAGAUUGGUAACAAAGUUGUAAUGCCUGGUGAGCAUUGUGGAGGGCUCUCACCUGAAAUUGCUAAAGCCUUGGGCUUAUUGCCAAAUACACCUGUAGCAACAUCAAUCAUUGAUGCACAUGCUGGUGGCCUAGGAAUGAUUGGAACAGAUGGGGAGGGUAUAGAUAAGGACAUGUCUUCCCGGCUUGGACUGAUCUGUGGCACUUCUACGUGUCACAUGGCUGUGAACAAAAACGCUGUGAUGGUGCAGGGAGUGUGGGGUCCGUACUUCAGUGCCAUGGUCCCUAACAUGUGGUUGAAUGAAGCCGGGCAGAGUGCAUCAGGGAUGUUGUUGGAUCAUAUCAUUUCUAGCCAUCCUGCAGGCAUUGAGCUGCUUAAAAAACACUCUACAGGAGAGGUCCGCAACCACUUAAGAGACUUAAUGACUAAAAUGGCAAAGAACCAAGGCCUCUCUGAUAUCAGUUUGUUGACAAAAGACUUCCACAUGUGGCCAGACUUUCAUGGUAACCGAUCACCAUUGGCUGAUUCAAUUAUGAAGGGCAUGAUAAGUGGCCUUUCCAUAACUAAGAGUGAGGAGAAUUUGGCUAUGUUGUAUCUUGCCACUUUACAAGGUCUUUCUUAUGGCACAAGACACAUCAUUGAUGCAUUAGUGCUGGCUGGAUAUGAUCCAUUUAAAUCGUUGCUUAUCUGUGGAGGUAUAACAAAAGACCCACUCUUCGUCCAGAUACAAGCUGAUACCACAGGGCUACCCAUUAUGAAGCCGCAUGAAAAGGACUCCGUUCUAGUUGGUGCUGCAAUCCUAGGGGCAUGUGCUUCCAAGUAUUUCAAGAAUAUGGAAGAAGCAAUCCAAAACAUGGGGGGAAAAGCUGAUGUGAUUAAACCAAAUUUGAAUAUCAAGUCAUUCCAUGAUAAAAAAUACAGUGUGUUCCUUAAAAUGUUUCAAGAUCAAUUAGUUUAUAGGUCACUUAUGAAAUAAGGGGUAAUUUUGUAUUCCUUUUUAUAGAGAAAAUUCUGUAUUCUGUUAUUUAUAAGUUAUUCGUGUUAAUCUUCAAUAUGCCUUUAAGUUUUUUUAUUAUACACAUAA